GUACUGUUUCGCCGUAACACCAAGAUGUCCAUGCUACUCUGACAGCUGUGUGUCGGUGACCGCUGGGAUGGAAACUUAAAACAUAUUUAAAUGUUGCAGCACAUUAAAAUAAAGGCUGUUGGGGACAUUUUAAUCUGAACCAUGGCUCGGGUUGUCCGAGGGUUUCGGACUCUGCGGAAUCACUGGAAGAAGUCCACAUUUGCCGUGUGCGUCCUGUCUUACGGCGGCUACUGGCUGUAUGGUAAACACUGUGACAAUGUUCUGCGGAGAGAGGCUUGCCUGGUGGCCAGGGAGUUUGGGCGUCAACAGAUUGGACCACAGGAGCGGCUGAGGAAAGCAACAGUGAUCUUGAACCCUGCAGCUUGCAGUGGGAAAGCCAACAACCUGUUUGAAAAGAACGCUGCUCCCAUCUUACACCUGGCUGGUGUGGAGAUUACAAUAGUAAAGACAGAUUAUGAAGGCCAGGCAAAAAAACUGAUGGAGCUCAUGGAACAGACAGACGUGCUGAUCGUGGCCGGAGGGGAUGGCACCUUGCAGGAGGUCGUCACAGGCUUGCUACGAAGGCCGGAUCAAGACGCAAUCAGUAACACACCGAUUGGAUUCAUUCCACUGGGCUCUCAAAACACCCUGAGUCCAAGUCUUCACCUCCUCAGUGACAACAAGGUCAAAGACAUCACAUCAGCAACACUGUCCAUUCUUAAGGGGGAAACGGUGCCUCUGGAUGUGCUCCAAAUCAAAGGGGAGAAAGAGCAGCCAGUCUUUGCUCUGAUGGGACUACGGUGGGGUGCUUUUCGAGAUGUAGCUGCAACAAUCAGCAAAUAUUGGUACCUUGGACCACUGAAGACAAAGGCAGCACAUUGGUUUAGUACUCUACAGGAAUGGCCCCUGGUUCGGGACGUCUCGGUGUCCUACUUGGCUCCCACCCUUCGGCCCCCUGACCUUCCCCCCCAGAAGCCCCCCAGACCCAGCCUGCUCUACCGCAUCGCCCGCAGACUGAAGAACUACUGGAGCCCUCCUGUUGAAGAGCCUCCAAAAGUGGAAGAGCCAGAGGAGUGGAAGGAGCAGCAGCUGUCAACAUUAGAGCUGUUUAUUCAGACACACAACAAAAACCCUGUGGAGAGGCGCAUAAAUGACUCCCUGAUGAUCUGUGCAGAACCGGACAACUUCACUGUGGGCGAGUUCAUCACUGUCGGGGAUAAAAAAGAAGAGGACCCCACUGUAUUCACUAAAGCCUCUACAAAACUGGAAGCCAGUGCUUGCCGGCUGCAGCUGCCAGAGGGUGCCGCUGGCUUCUACAACAUCGACAACGAGGAGUAUGAAGCCAUGCCUGUGGAGGUAAGGCUGUUGCCACGGAAACUACGCUUCUACAUCAGUGCAGAGCGCAGAGAGCAGCUCCUCUCGCAGAUGCAGUGAGGAGAAAAACAACUCAGAAAAAAACAGAAAGAGGACAAGAACAGCAAGACAAAAACUGAACUCAAGAGAAAAGCAAAGAACCAGAUGCUUCGAAGCUCUGAGGAUCCUGAAGUACUAUUGGUCUGUCUUACUACAUGGAAGCAUUGCUCAGUUGAAGUUAUCAGUUGAUACUAUAUUAUAUUACAUGUCGUUGUAUGUGAAAGGACCAACGCUUUGUUUGUUAAGCCAUGUACAGGUUGUCUUACAAAUGGACUUUAUGUUUACUGAAUGGUUUACUAUCAUUUGAAGUUGGUCAAUAAAUAUAAUAUCUGUCCAA